AUGGCGUGCACCAUCAACCUCGGGAAAGCCUUAGCGACCGGCAGUUUCCCCUCCUCCAGGCGUGCUCUCUCGCCGAACCUCGCCGCCUCUGUAUCCCUCCGCCGUGCCCUUCGCAGCCCGCCGGCGGCCCUGCGUGCGGCCUCCGAUGACGACCGGUUCACCGUCCUGGUGGCGGACCAGCUCGGGGAUGCGGGGCUGGGGAUGCUCAGGGAUUUCGCGGAAGUUGACUACGCCGUUGACCUCGCGCCCGAGGAGCUGUGCGCGAGGAUCGGCGGGUGCGACGCGCUCAUCGUCGGGAGCGAGAUGAAGGUGAGCAGGGACGUGUUCGGCUGCUCCCGCGGGAGGCUGAAGGUGGUCGGGAUCGCCGGGGGUGGGAUCGACAAUGUGAACUUGGCCGCGGCAAACGAGAAUCGGUGCUUGGUGGUGAAUGCACCGAGUGCGAGCGCAACUGCGGUGGCCGAGCACGCGAUUGCGCUCCUGACGGCCAUGGCCCGAAACAUUGCGCAGGCUGCAGUUUCAGUGAAGUCGG